CGCGUACAGUCGCACUUCAUUGUCCCGACGAAUCACCGCUACUGGAUUUAUGCCUCCUUCAGCAAGCUCAUCUCCAGCCCAUAUCCAGAGCCUUGCAGGACAAUCUUGGAGAACGUCUCCAUCGAAGUUCACGCCAACGUGUAUCCUUGCGAAGCUGCGCGUAUACAGUGAGCCGAGUGAACCUAUGCAUGUAGUGGCCUCGCGACCGGGGUCGCUCUGCUUCUGAAACUGUGUCCGACUGUGAGCUCGAGAUCGAGUGCUGUACGGUAAAAAUAACAAUUGUCUGCACUGCGCAUGGCAGUCCAAUCGAAUGGUAGGUCCAUUGGUCAAGCUUUGAUCACUGACGCGGAAGUCGUAUGCUGUGGACAUCUCAUCAGACCCCGACCAUGCGGACGCAAUCCUUCAAGCUCGGCAAUACGACACAACAUUACGGGGUGCUCGUCGCAGAUUGCGGACUGCAUGAAAAUUGAAUGAUUCAACUUUGGAGCGGGUAGCGCUGGGGCUACGUGAGGCGAGGACAAUGCAGGUCUGCGGGCAAGCGAUUCAGAGCUACUGCGACCCGUAUAACCUAUGCGAGGAGGAAAUAUUCUUAGCAAUACUGUGUUGGAGAACAUGGUUGCGGCGGAGAGGAGGUUAGAAGAGCAGACUGAGGCGGAAGCGCGGGGCUGGUCUUGGCAUGAACAAUGACAACUGCAGCCUGAGUAGAUAACGCCAGCAGAUCUCAGACCCACUGAGAGCUUCGAAAUGAAGGGGUGCUUGUCUCUGUUCCUGGGGUGCGC